AUGAUUGCCAUCAGCCGUGUCGGCGCCCUCCUAGCCCUAACCUGCAGUGUCGGGGCAUCAAGGACUGCGGUGGAAUCAUUUGACUAUAUCGUUAUCGGAGCAGGGACGAGCGGACUCGUUGUGGCGAAUCGGCUCUCCGAGCAAUCCUCGGUAACGGUGGCAGUUAUUGAGCCCGGAAAUGAUGAAAGAAACAAUGCCAAUGUUACGACGACACUAUUUGGGGCAGGACUCAACACCCCCGUCGACUGGCUUUAUUCGACCGUGAAGCAGUCCGGGGCUGGCAACAGAGCGUUUGAUCUACAUGCGGGCAAGGCUUGGGGCGGAACCAGCGCGAUCAAUGGCAUGACAUAUAUCCGCGGCAACGUUGCCGAGUUUGACGCUUGGGAGCAGCUUGGAAACCCGGGGUGGAAUUGGAACUCGAUCUUCCACUACUUCAAAAAGUCGGAGAAGUAUACCGUUCCAACCGAUUCCCAGUUAGCGGCCGGCGCCACCUUCGAGUCCCGAUACCAUGGAUUUCACGGCCCACUCCACGUUGGAUACAUACCCGCUCUUGAGAACGGCUCGUUUGCCCCCGUAGUCAGGGAUACAUGGGCAGGACUGUCGGUCGCUCACAACCCAGACCUCAACAGCGGGAGCGUCCGAGGCUACGGCAUGGGGCCGCAGACCCUGGACACGAAAUCGAACGUGAGGUGGGACGCCGCACGUGCGUACCUGCAUCCAGCUGAGAACCGGCCAAACCUCAAAGUUCUCAAGGGAACUGUCAAGCGUAUAACAUGGGCUGCGGGGAAGUCUGAAGCGGGGCUCCUUGUGGCUGACGGGGUAGAAGUGGUGACGGAUGACGGAGAAUCGACCGUCUUGCGCGCCAAAAAGGAGAUUGUUGUAUCCGCGGGAGCACUGAGGACCCCGUUGGUGCUUGAGGGGUCAGGAAUUGGAAACCCAAGGAUCCUAAAGUCUCUCGGCGUCGAGCCCCUCGUCGAUCUUCCAGGAGUCGGCGAGAAUUUGAUUGAGCAACCAAGCCACUUCCUGGUUUUCUCGGGUGACCUCCACGACUCAUCACCGAGCGCCUAUCACUCCUAUGUGACGGCGGCGGAAUUGUUUGGCGCCGAUCUCGCUGCAGUCGAGGCAGCAACACGUGCGAGCAUUCCUAGGUGGGCAAGGGCCGCUGCGGACGCAUCAGGGGUUCGGAGUCUCGACAUUUGCGCCAUUGAAAAGUUGCUAAAGAUCCAGCAUGACCUUCUUUUCAAGCACAAUGUUACGGCCGCCGAGAUCCUUCUUGUCAUAGCCCCGGAUAACAUCCUGGCUUCGAACUAUUGGGCCUUGUUCCCGUUUUCUCGCGGUAGUGUGCAUCUCGAAUCCGCCGACAGAAUCAACGAACCCUUGGUGGACCCGCGCAUCUUCCUCGCAGACUUCGACCUCUCCACCAUGAUGGCUGCGGGGAGAUUUGCCGAGAAGUUUUGGUUAUCAGAACCGAUGAAGACGAAAGGUUCAGUGAUGGGGCCCGUUGUGUCGGGGGGCCUUGAUGCGCAAUGGCAGGCGCACUUGCGCGAUACUGUCAUCGCGAACUCGCACCCAACAGGUACCGCAUCCAUGAUGUCUCGGGCAUUGGGCGGGGUUGUUGAUCCGGAGCUGAGGGUGUAUGGCACCGCGAAUGUAAGGGUUGUGGAUGCCUCUGUGGUUCCGAUGCAAGUCAGUGGACAUUUAACUGCAACUCUUUACGGCCUGGCAGAGCGUGCGUCCGAUAUUAUCAAGAGGACAACGCAUUGA